CCUUGAAUGUUACCGGACAAGUAGCAAAUACUGGUGAAGAUCGCGUUUGUAAUGUAAGAAGUAAUAUUAUUCUAUUUGUGUGGAAGAAAUACCAUCUAGUUGCCUUAAAAUACUAGAAUACCCAUAUCCUAAACCUGCGUUAUAUCCUUGUUAACCAGUGAUAUUGUUGUUGUCUCCCUGACUGCUUCUGUUCUAUUUAUAAUGCUACUUGCAGCAAAGUCGAGCUGCAUUUCUUUACCUAUAAAAGAGAAACAUACUGUGAUUAAUCCAGAAAGCCAAAGGAAUGGUUGGCGUGCUAUCACAGAUCUCCCAGCUCUAAGUCUCUGCUAUGAUCUCCCAGAUCACUCCUUCUCUUUACCUGAGUGGAGUGGUGGCCCUGAACCAAUCAGCAUUGGCCCACAGAGGCAUCACUUUGAUUGUGAAUGCUUGUUCUGAGUAUCCCUGCCCAGAGUUCCACGGGGUGGAAUGCAUCUGCAUCCCUGUAGCGGACCGACCUCAUGCCCCUCUGGACCUGCACUUUGACAGUGUCGCUGAGAGGAUCCACCAGAACCACACUGGAAGCUCACUAGUGUACUGCUCAGCAGGUAGAAGCAGGUCUCCAUCUCUGAUCAUGGCAUACCUCAUGAGGUUUGAGGGAGACUCGUUGCUUCAGGCUCAUCAGCGGGUUCUCUCUGCACGGCCCUUCAUCCGCCCAAAUGCAGGCUUCUGGAGGCAAUUGCUUCAGUACGAGAGGAAACUGACCAACACCAACAGCAUCAGGAUGGUGGCCACCUCACAAGGAGUCCUACCAGAGGCCAUCCAGGCCACACAGAACUCUUCAUUCUGCCUAAAUGUAUAAGUGAAGACUCACUUAUACAUGAUAUUGGCAGCAAAAACUAAGGCUGCUGCCUUACUGCCCAGUCUGUCGAUGACAUCACAGGCAAUGUUUUGUGUAUAAAGUUUCUUCAUAUACUGACGUGAUUUUGUAUGAGACAAAUUAAUAUUAAACCUAUAUCAGUGGUUUUGUAAUGCAGUAUUUUGCAUGCUGUCAGGGCUGGACUGGUAAUCUGGCAUACCGGGCAUUUUCCCGGUGGGCCGACGCACUUUGGGUCCGAUCAGGGGCGGACUGGCCAUCGGGAGAACCGUUAUGCAGAACGGACAACAAAACAGUGCUGCGAUAUGCAGAAACGGACAGCAUGAUGCAUUAAUACAGAUUUGAUGAUGCUGGGUUUUGAAGCAGAUCUGUAAUUAAAAUGAUACUUUACUGUUAAUAAACUGCUUGUUAUGAUUUCUAUACUGAUAAAUCCACCACAAUGGAAAAAACUGCUUAUUAUUGCUUAUUUUGGUGAGGCAAGUGGCUUAUUUUGGGCUUGUUUUUUCCAGACCAGGUUGCUUGGUUCUCUUGUGAGAUCUGGCAACACUGCAAUUGGUAUUUCACCCACCUCUUAGUUUAGAGUACUUUAAUUUUAAAAAUAACUUUUUUAACUGUUCUUUAAUUUUGUUCUAACCGGUAAGCUUUUGGAAAGGAGGCUGUAGAACUUCUGAACUGGAACGGAAAAAAAACUUUUUGCACAGCAUGAACUGAAAUGAAAGACAACUCGUCCCUACCGGAGAAACAUACAUGCAUGUUGUGUUGCGAGCUUACAGUGAGUUGAUGUUUUACAGGUACUCAUAAGACACCAUGGACCACAACACAGCGUAAGUACUGUUGGUGAAAGAAAAAGUCUUAUACAAAAUAGUCUGUUACUUUGAUUACAAAUGAAUUGCAGAACAGUUGUCCUGUCUAAGUAUAUCAAAGUAGUACUCACAAAAGUGAAACAUUUUGUCAUUAUUUACUUCCCCUCAUGUUGCUCCAAACCAGUAGGCCUAUGCUGUUAAUUUGUCGUGGAACACAAAAGGAAAAGUUUUGAAGAAUCUGUACACAUUUCUUUUCCCAACUCAUAAUGACCACCUCUGUAAACAUCAUGAAAGUAGUCCAAAUAACGUGCGCUAUAUCCCAAGUCUUCUUAAGCCAUACAAUAGACCUUUUUAUAAGGGAUGUUUGGCAAAAUUUGCUGUUUUAAAACAAAAAAUGGUCACUUUUGUGAUUCGUGCAGAUCCGAGUUUUUGUUUGUUCGUGUGAUUGAUUACAGCAGUGGCCAAUCACAUGCUUUGAAACCACAGUCCUACAGACAGUCCUACAGAGCCAGACUGCUUGAUUGAUUACAGCUACGGCCAAUCGCGUGCUUGGCUACAGCAGCGGAUGUACUGUGAUUUGUCUUCUGGGGCUCUGAAGAAGCACCACUCGUGAAAUGUCUUAUUUGUAAACAAACUGAAUGACCUGGGACGUGCUAACUGACUGAAGAAGGCAUGUUGUUCUUUCACUUCGGCAUCGGCAUGCGAGUCUAUAUUGUUUAUCAAGGAAAGGGGCGGAUGAGCUAUUAAUGUGUAAAAGCGAAUGAUGUUUAUACACAUUAAGUGGCUUUCACAUGACUUGCAUCAAUGCCUCCCAUGAACAACAUGGCCCAAAUUGUUGUGUUGACAUUUUUAAGACAAUCAUGUCAAUGUUACCACUACUGCUCAAAUCUCGUUGCGAUCAGUAAAUUGACACGUCAGAACAAAUGCCGUUUGCGGUCAUUAGCACCUAUGAGAUUCAAGAGCUUCUAAUUUUCUUCAGAAGACUCUAUAGCACAAGUGUCAUAUGGACCACUUCUACAGUUUUUUGUUCUAUUGGGACUUUACACUGGGAAAAUACACUGGUUUGGAACAACAUGAGGGUAAGAAGAUAAUGACAGAUUUUUGGGGUGAACUUUUCUUGUAAUGUGAUAUGAUGGGUACCAGACUAACUCAACAAAUUAUGUAAAAGUUAGCUUGGAAAAUGUUUGAGACAGUAUAAGCUAAAUGUCUCAAAUGUGCUGUUUUAACCUUUUAAUUCGUGACUGAUUAAGUCGUCAAAUUUACUUGUAUAGCCCUUUUCACAAC